AUGGCGACAGCUAAGAAGAUAGUUGUUUGCGGUGGCAAUGGCUUUUUGGGUUCACGAAUAUGCAAAUCUGCCGUUGCAAGAGGCUGGGAUGUCACUUCAAUCAGUCGCUCCGGUGAACCAGCAUGGCAAUCGGUGACCGCAUCCUCUACACCUCCAGCGUGGGCUCACAAAGUAACCUGGGAACGAGCCGACAUCCUCAAACCAAGCACCUACUCACCCCUCCUCAAGAACGCCGACUUCGUCGUCCACAGUAUGGGCAUCCUCCUCGAAGCAGACUACAAAGGCGUAAUAUCCGGUCGCGAAUCACCCAUCGCCGGUCUACAGCGGGCAUUUUCACCCACCAAAGGCGGCUCCCAGAAUCCAUUGACUCGAAAAGCGAACGAGGAUUUGAGGUCACAAGAGAAAGAUGGGCAGUUGACUUAUGAGCUUAUAAAUAGAGAUUCGGCUAUCACGUUGGCGCAGGAGGCGAAUAAGGAGAAGGUGUCAGCUUUUAUUUAUAUUAGUGCUGCGGGUGGAGCGCCGGUGCUCCCAGGAAGAUAUAUUCGGACGAAACGAGAGGCGGAGAGUACGAUUAGUAGCCAAUUUCCCACCAUGAGGGGUGUGUUUAUUAGACCACCAUUCUUGUAUGACAGUUCGAGGACGAUCACAGUACCCUUGGCAGCUAUGACUGGAUUAGGGGCGGUGUUCAACAGCGUCACGGGAGGUAUAUUUGGGGGAAUCAUGGGUGCCGCCGGUGUGAAACCCUUGAAGGCUGAUCUGGUCGCGGAUGCCGUUGUAGAAGCACUCAGUGAUCAGACAGUGAAAGGGCCUGUCGAGGCCAAAGAGAUUGAGCAACUGGCUGAGCAGGCCUGGAGAAAGAGCAUGUUGUGA